AUGAGAUCCUUUAUAGCUGACUAUGUUAAGAGCUGUAUUGAAUGCGCCAGAUACAAAGCCAGUAAUCAAAAACCUUGUGGACUUCUGCAGACACCAAUAUACAGUCAACGAUUUGAAACCUUGGCAAUAGAUCUCUUUAAACCACUACCCACAACUAAAGGGGGUAAAUCCUGGAUUUUUAUAUUGGAAGAUUGUUCAACUAAGUGGGUAGAAUUAUUUUCUCUCACCACAGCCACUGCUAAAGAAUGCGCCACUGUUCUCGUGGAAAAGAUUUUUCUUCGCUAUGGGAUUCCUCGAAGAAUUAUAAAUCAUAACGGAAUUCAGUUCGCCUCUGCUGUCAUGCAUCAAUUUUUGUUUUCUUUUGAAAAUAGAUCAGAACCUCACACCAGUAUAUCAUCCACAGGCGAACCCUGUAGAGCGGAAAAAUGGUGA